UUACGAAGAGUGGAGAAGUGAGGAGCUUUCCUGCUUUAGGGAAAAGAUUCUUUGGAUGGGAAGAGACCUUAAAAGGACCUCUAGUUUAUCCUGCAACUUCAGUCAAUAUCCCACUUAAAUCAUCCCAGGACACUAGAAAACGUGAGAAUUCAGCAAGUUUCACUAGGAGGUAAUAGAGAAGAGGAAACCUAAUCAAUGGCUGUGGAAUGAUAUGGAAGAAGAUGGAAAAAACUUGUUUAAUGGGUUGAAAGAGCGGAGCCUUCUCUGAGACAUGGAUAGAUGCAAACAUGUCGGGCGGUUGCGGCUCGCCCAGGACCACUCCAUCCUGAACCCACAGAAGUGGUGCUGCCGGGAGUGCGCCACCACCGAGUCCGUGUGGGCUUGUCUCAAGUGCUCCCACGUGGCCUGCGGCCGCUACAUCGAAGAUCACGCCCUGAAACACUUUGAGGAGACCGGGCACCCGCUAGCCAUGGAGGUCCGGGAUCUGUACGUGUUCUGUUACCUGUGCAAGGACUACGUGCUCAACGACAACCCGGAGGGGGACCUGAAGCUGCUCAGAAGCUCCCUGCUGGCGGUCAGGGGCCAGAAGCAGGACCCGCCGCUGAGGCGCGGCCGGACGCUGCGGUCCAUGGCCGCCGGCGAGGAUGCCGUCCCGCCGCAGCGCGCUCCUCAGGGACAGCCGCAGAUGCUCACGGCUCUGUGGUACCGGCGCCAGCGCCUGCUGGCCAAGACGCUGCGGCAUUGGUUCGAGAAGAGCUCCCGCGGCCAGGCGAAGCUGGAGCAGCGGCGGCAGGAGGAGGCGCUGGAGCGCAAGAAGGAGGAGGCGCGGCAGCGGCGGCGCGAGGUGAAGCGGAGGCUGCUGGAGGAGCUGGCCAGCGCCCCCCCGCGCAAGAGCGCGCGCCUGCUGCUGCACGCCCCGCGCGCCGCCGACGCCCCGCGCCCCGCCUCACCGCGCGCGCCCGCCGGGGGCCGCCCGCCGCCGCGCCGCGCGCCUGCCAUGGCGCCGGGCGUCACGGGCCUGCGCAACCUGGGCAACACCUGCUACAUGAACUCCAUCCUGCAGGUGCUCAGCCACCUCCAGAAGUUCCGCGAAUGUUUUCUGAACCUCGACCCUUCCCAGACCCAGCAGCUGUUUCCCAAGGCCCCCAACGGGAAGGCUCCGCUCUCCGGCAGGCCGGCCGGCAGCUCCGCCACCGAGCUGUCGGCCAGGAGCGAGGGGGCCGACGUGUGCGAGCGGGAGGGUCUCUGCUUCAAUGGCGGGGCCUCCAUCAGCAGGAGCCUAGAACUCAUCCAGAACAAGGAGCCGAGCUCGAAGCACAUUUCCCUCUGUCACGAACUGCACACCCUUUUCCGAGUCAUGUGGUCCGGAAAGUGGGCCCUGGUGUCGCCCUUCGCCAUGCUUCACUCCGUGUGGAGCCUGAUCCCCGCCUUCCGCGGCUAUGAUCAGCAGGAUGCGCAGGAGUUCUUGUGCGAGCUGCUGCACAAAGUGCAGCAGGAACUCGAGUCCGAGGGCACCACGCGCCGGAUCCUCAUCCCCUUCUCCCAGAGGAAGCUCACCAAACAGGUCUUAAAGGUGGUGAACACCAUAUUCCACGGGCAGCUACUCAGUCAGGUCACAUGUGUAUCAUGCAAUUACAAAUCCAAUACCAUUGAGCCCUUUUGGGAUCUGUCCCUGGAAUUCCCUGAACGGUAUCACUGCAUAGAAAAGGGGUUUGUCCCUUUGAAUCAGACAGAGUGCCUGCUCACUGAGAUGCUGGCCAAGUUCACAGAGACAGAGGCCCUGGAAGGGAGAAUCUACGCUUGUGACCAGUGUAACAGCAAACGACGAAAAUCCAAUCCCAAACCCCUUGUUCUGAGUGAAGCUAGAAAGCAGUUAAUGAUCUACAGACUACCUCAGGUCCUCCGGCUACACCUUAAAAGAUUCAGGUGGUCUGGCCGUAAUCAUCGAGAGAAGAUUGGGGUCCAUGUCGUCUUUGACCAGGUAUUAACCAUGGAACCUUACUGCUGCAGGGACAUGCUCUCCUCUCUUGACAAAGAGACCUUUGCCUAUGAUCUCUCCGCAGUGGUCAUGCAUCACGGGAAAGGGUUUGGCUCAGGACACUACACAGCCUAUUGCUACAACACAGAGGGAGGUUUUUGGGUCCACUGCAAUGACUCAAAGCUGAAUGUAUGCAGUGUCGAGGAAGUGUGCAAAACUCAAGCCUACAUCCUUUUUUACACUCAAAGAACAGUUCAGGGCAAUGCAAGAAUUUCAGAAAACCAACUCCAAGCUCAGGUGCAGUCCAGCAACAACGAUGAGGGCAGACCACGGCUCAUCCCCUGAAUGGGAGUCACGUUUCAAGGACUGGCCUGCUUUUAAACUAUUGGUGUUCAUAUAUCUUUCCUCUUACAGGAAAUAAGGUUUAGUGCAGGAACAGAGUACUAGGUUUGCCUCACUGGGACUACAGCAGAAGGUGCUAGGUGACUCAUGUUCUAUCAUAAAAUCUGUAGUCACUUUCUCUUGAAUGGAUUUGGGAAUUCCCUCCUUUGAUAAAACAAAAGGAGUAACUUCUAUGAAGAUUCUUUCAUCAGUUGCUUCUGAAUAGAGAGGAUCUGGGUGGAGGAAAGAGGGGGUAAAUGGAUCAUAUGCAGCCAGGAGAGCAGCCAUUUUCUCCAUUAUGUGAUUCCCCCAUUAACCAGGACUUCCCUGUGACCCCAGAAGAACCCUCCUGAUGUGAACAGCCCUGGACAGAGCAUGUGAGGUGGGGCCCUGGGUUGGCAGCUUGCUGGAUGGGAUUGGUUCCAAGGCAGGAAGUGAAUAAUAAGGAUUUGUCCCCACAAAGGAAGUAACCCUCAAGGGCUGACAACUUGCAGACUUCCUUUUUUAGGGAAUAGCAGUGAAAGAGUGGAAUGAGAUGCAUAGAGCAAGUUUCCCCAUGCAAAACGGGAGGUUUUUCAAGUGUCCUACCUUCCCUGGCUGCUGCUGUCAUUGAGUCAUUCCACGUCUUCUGAACAUCCCUUCAUUCUAGAGCAGUUCCUAUGGGGAAGCAAUCAACUGGUCCGUGACAUGUUCUUAGUUGCAUGCCAAGCAGAAGGACGCCCCUGGCUACCCAGUUCUAUAGCAUAUCCCUGGUUCAGGUAUAGGACAAGCACAUGGUUUGGUAUAAAUUGGUCUUUAGGUCAGUUGUCUGAGGCUGGCUCAGAAUUCAGUUGAGGGUAGGCUGGGAUAGCUGGUGGACCAGGCCUUUCUGAAUGCCCAUCACCUGUUCUCACCUUUGUGCAGCACACAGCUUUUCUUAGCCUGCAGCUUUUAGCUUGCACCUGGAGGGCUUGGAACAUUCUUGUUCAGCACAAGGUUUGGGAACUUACGCUUUUCUAGGGCUUAGGAAUCUGCCCCCAUAUGUCUGAACAGUUCAUUGCUGCUGGCCCCAGCCUGUUCCCUCCCAAAUUUGAUAAUCCUUACUGUUUCUUGACCCUCCUACACUCAGUCCAUCUGAGGGGGGGAAAAAAAGAAAAAAAGAGUGCCCUGUCUUUUACUUAAGUGCUAAUAAAAUACAUAUUUCUUUUUAUACCGGGUCACUUUCUAAGUGGAAUGAAAUUGCCCAGAUGGAAACCCUCCUUCUCAUCAGGCACCACUGAAUUUCCCUUCUCAGUCCUGCAGUAAGAGUGAAUGCAGCCCGGACUCUCACUGUGGGGCUGCUGCAGCCCGCCUCAGCCUGUCACUGUGAAAGCUCAUCUUCUGACUGAGUGUAUCAACCCAGUGUUUCAAUUCAGGUAGAAGUACAGUUGUCACUUGAAGGAAGCAGAUGUGGAGGGAGUUGGGGAAGGGUGGGAGGUUGGGAAAAGAGGGGGUAAGAUGAGGGUCGUAGCUUAGGGGUGUUGAUGAGCCCCAUAGCCAGAGCAGAUCUGUAGCAUUUGCUGUUGACCUCUUUUGAGAUGGACUCUCCCACAGGACCUGUCAGACAGCACUGAGACAUGGAGGAAAUUCAGACAGAAAAUGGCUCACCCUGAUAAAGGGGAGUGACUAUAUUUUAAAUUAAACUUGCUUUUUCCAACACUGUGAGGUUUCUGUAAUAUUUAGCUUUUAUUUGGAAGCGAUAGCGUAUGGCAUUUUUUAUGCUAUUUGGUUUAUAUUGUCUACUGCAGGCUUCUUUGUACAAGCUUGGCCCGGGCUCACCCUUUCCUGGACACUGUUUUAAAGUGUCACAGCUGCCCAUGCUGCCAGAGGCUCUGAUGCAAAGCUAUACUCUCUAGAUCCACAUUUUUAAGUUGGCAGUCUUGGUGAUGACUUUUCGUGGCAAUGAAAAAGCCCAUUAACUCAAAACAAAACAAAACAAAAAAACAAGCAAAAAACUCCAAGGAGAGUGAAAAGGAAAAUAUAAAUUGUGCCUCAUCUUUCUUUGAAUGCUGUAUUUGUUAUUCUAGAAAAAGAGAACUUACAAAUGGAAAAGAACUAAUAGAGCAUCUACUUCAUCCCUCAGGCUGUUUCCGGGGGAAACUUAAGAAAA